UUCCAAGGCAUCUCUUAGUAACGGGAGAGAUGCCGAGGCGAGGAGCCCGCCGGCGGAGGCUGUAAAGCAGGGAGAGCGGCCGGCUCUUGUCGGGGCGCUGGAAGGAGGAGCGCCGGCUUUGGAGCAGCAGCUGCAGCAGCGUCCAAAGAGGCCUCCGCGCCUCCCACUGCAGGGAAAGGAAGAAGCCAGUCUGCCAGAAUGAGCCAUCGCCAUCCAAAAUCCCUUGGAGAUUACAACAGCCUUGCACACUAUAAUAGCCUGACAGACAAGCACCUUGCAGGCUAUUUCAGCAAUACUAGGAUAAGACGUCACCUUCUGAGAUCAGGGCUGGUCUCAAGAAGUGGAAGAAUCAUAUCAGAGAAGGAAUACCAGUUGAAUGCCAUGAGGAAGGACCAUCAGAAGUACAUACGAGAAUGUUUGGCUCAGGCAAUAUUUCACAAAGUCCUUGACAUGGAACGUCAACACCAGGCGGAAAUUAAAAGAAAGCUUGAAAAUUCUGUCAGGAAAGAACGUGUUCAGAAACUCAAGGUGGAGCGAUCAAGAAAAGCAGCAGAAGAGUCAAAUCGCGUGCUCUCUCCACACCCGCCCAGUGCACCAAGAAAUCGUGCUAGGCGUCGCAAAUUACGUGAAAGAGGAGAAAUGGGAAAUGUCGCCAGCUAUCCUCGACCAAGCACCGCACCUGGAAAAAUACAACAGCCACUCCGAUUGCAGCCACUUUAUGGCAAUAUUUCAGCAGAAUUUACACCAAAGGCUACUUCAACUUCCAGAGCAAAGUUCCUCACUCUUGAAAGGGAACAUCAAUUUCCGAAUGGGGGAGACAAAGGGUCAUUAAGGCCUAUACGUUCAACUGAGUAUUCAUCUGGUGUAUCCCCCUACCAUCUUCCCAUCAUAAACAAUUUUGUGAUACCUAUUCCACUACCACCACCACCCAAAAGUGAGAAGAUCACGAGCACAAUGAAAGGGGGGACAUUGAGAGGUCGAAGGUUUCGCCCAACAACUGCACUCGAUGGUUUGGAGCAAUUGUUAAUGCGGGACACGGGGAAAUUCUACAGACCUCAAGUACACAGCAAUGCAUAUCUCACCAUGAUCUAUUUGGGAAAACCUGUGCACCUGUCCUAUGAACUUUUCGAUUACCGAGAGGAAAUAAAAAUAUAUCAACAACACUGUGGAGGAGAAAAUCUGUGUGUGUUCAGAGGAAAACUGUUGGAGGGAGAAACAUUUCACUUUAUCUCCAGGCGGCAUUAUGGCUUCCCCUUCAGCCUUACAUUUUAUCUCAAUGGAAUACAAGUGGACCGCGUAAGUUCUUGCUGUGAAUAUAAGCACCGAAAGGGGACUCGUCUAGGUGGCAAGCAUGGGCACUUUGGUUUCGUCAAUGUGGAAAGAUCAGCUCCUUGUUAUAGGUGUAUCAUUUCAAUGGGUCUGGACAAAAAGCCUUCCCCUCCCAAGAGAAAGACUACUGAUGAGGAUGAAGCAAAGAAAGAAGACUCAGAGAAAGAAGACAAAGACAAGCGAAGAGAGAGCAGCAGGAGUGGAGAGGACAAGCAAGAAUUGGUGUCUCGGUUUUCACCAGCUCCUGAAGAAAGAAAAUCAUUUGCAGAAGGGGCUCAAGUCAUGGAAUGGGAGACUAAGAAAGAAAAAAUACGAAGGAGCAGUGAUGAAACUGAAACCUACCAGAGACCUUCAGCAUAUGAUGAAGAUUUUGAAGCAGAUGAAGAGAAAUCAGAUGAGAAAGUUAAUGAAGAAGGACAGGCUGAUGAUCAAAUGAAUGGGAUGUCAAAGUCACCCUCAGAUGAUGAGAAAGAUAAUUUAGACCAUGAAAGGGAGAAUAAAAUCUCAUCACAGAAAGCUUUGCGGGCCUCUGACAGCGAGCAAGAUGAAAGUGAUGGAUAUGGAGAAAGUGACUUCGAGGGGGAGGAUAAACAAGGCAAGAAGCUUGCAUCUCCCUCUAGCAGUAUACUGUAUAGCAACGAAAACAUCUCUGACUCUGAAACCAGAAAACAAGUUGAAGAACAAGACAAUGUGGAUAUACAUUCUGAAUACGAAAGUGAGAUGGCGAAGUCCCAAAGAUCUGAAAGCCAAGAAAUGGAUAUAGAGGAAGAAGAGACAAUGGGUGAAGUAGAACACACAAGAACCAAACGCAUGUCAGGCAUUUCAGAUGAAGAUAAGAUGGAGACAAGUCUCCAGGACAUGAGUACUACCUAUGAGAAGGGGAAGAUGAAAGGACUGGUAGACAUGAACAUGAAGGAAGGCAUGGAGGAGGAUAUAACAAUGCAUUUCAGGCACAGCUCUCCAGAAGAAAAGCUCAGUAGCUUAGUUCCAUCAGAAGAUGAAGAAGGUGAAUGCAAAUCGGUUAAAGAGAAAAUAGCGGAGGCCAUUGAACAUGACCAGCUUUUGAGUUCUGAGCCUGAACCUAGUGAUUCCAGUACAGAGGAUGAGGAGGAUGGUGCAACUGCUACUCAAGAUAAACAUGAAGGUGGAAUUUUCAUGGCAAAAAAAUCAAAAGCACUCAAAUCAAAGAAGGCUGCAGAGCAACUGGAACAAGAAAGACAGAUGGUAUUCAAGAAAAGAGCACCUGAGGAAGAGGAGCUUGUAGAGGAAGAAUAUCCUGAAGAAGCAACUCUGGAAGAAGAAUUCCUGGCCAAAAAAGCAGUGGCUCACACAGCAAAACAAGCAAUAAAGGAUCGGACUGUGAGCAGAGAGACAGAUGUGGAGGAAGAACUAGAAUCAGAUCUGGAUGAUAUAGAGAAAGAAGUAACAGAUGAGGAAGGAAAUACAUCUGACAGGAAGAUCAAAGGAGAAAGAAAAGUUAAGAAGAUUGAGGUAAUGGCAGCAGAACAUGAAACUUUUGAUGGAGAUGUAAUUUCAGGUAAAUCUCAGUUAGGCAGAGAAGGAGUGAAGGAUCCUAACCUCACCAAGGAAUUAAUAGGUAUUGGAAAAGGCACAGAGGGAGAAGAAGACAUCGAAGAAUUAACAAGAAGGAAAAGUAUGAAGGAGGAAGGACACAAGGCAAAGAAGAUUUUGAAAGGAACUAUCGAGACAGGUGAAGCUCUUGGGACAGAAUUUGAGGAGGAAGCACAGAAAGAUAUGAAAGAAGCUGAAUCUGAGGGACAUCCAACUUUGCAAGAGCUGAAACAUAAAACAGAGGGUGUAGAAAGAGCAAGCUCUGUGGAACAUGAAAGUUUGACAGCCAGUGGUUUGAUGGAUGAUGAAUACAUGGAAAAGAAAAAAUAUAUGAAACUCAAAUUGGGAGAAUCAGACUCAAAGGCAAUAGAGUUCACCACCAGGCAUGAAAAAGUGGGAGAGGAAAUUUAUACGGAAGAGGUAACUGUGGCAGCUGCAUUCAUGUGGACAAAAGAUUUAGAAAAAGCAUCUCCAGAAAAGGAUAAGACUAAAAGCAUAUUUACAGCAGAAGAUUCAGCACAAAGGAAACAAGAGCCUUUUACUGAAAGCAUCCCAGAAGGUAUAGGCUUGGUGACUGGUAAAAUAGAAAGGGAGAGAGAAGCACAAGAAAUGGCUGAUUCAGAAGAGGUUGUGACAAAAAGAAAGGUGGUGAAAGGGGAGACAGAGGCUGACUAUACAAAAACAAAAGGAACAGAGAAAGAAAAGGUAGAUACUGAAAGAGUAAAAAGAGAAGCAGAAGCUGAGGAGGAAGUGGAAGAUGAAGAGACAAAACGUUUGCUGAAAGUUAAAUGGGAGAUGAAGAGUGAAGACUCAGAAACAGAAGGUGAAGUCAUGUCUCUGGUGACAGAAUCUGAAGGAGAACAAGUUUCUAAGAUGACCUUCAUGAGGUGGCAAAAUGUAGUGAACAUGAGAGAAGAUGCAGAAGCCAAAGCAAAUUACAUACCUAAACCAUCAUCACAAAAAGUAACAGUGCUAGGAUUGAACAGAAAGAUGAGAAUGGAAAAUGAAAGCUGCCCUGAAAGUGAAGUGGAAGAAACACCUGAGGAGACUGCAGCAGGGCAAAAAACAGUUUAUUCAGAAGUGCAGACUGAAGAAGAGACAGAGGAAGAGGUGAAUGAAGAUGAGGAAUCAAGCACAGAAGAACAGAUGCCAGGAGAGGAAAUGAUAACUCUAGCAGAUGUGGAGCAAGCUCUCUUAAUAGGGAUACAGCAAUUGAUAACUGAAGUAUCACGGAUUAAUGAGGAUGAGGAAAAUAAGGAAGAAGAAUCUCAGGAGAAAGGUUUAGCAGAGGAAAUGUCAACUCAAGAAGAUCCGGAAAAGGAGGAUUUUGUUUCAGUUGUAGUAGCAAAAGAACAGUUACAUGCUGAGAAUGACAAAGCUGACAAAAGUAUAACAGGGGAGACUGAGGAGGGAAACCCUUUGGCGGAAAACAAUGGAAGUGAAAAAAGAACAAGCGGACAGGAAGAGUCUCCAGCAGAAAAUGUGGCAGUGACAAAAAUCAUCCAUUGGAACAUGCAACAAUCUGAAGAAGAGCAAGACCAAAACCCCACUGGAUCAUCUGACUAAGAAGAUGAAGAUUUCGAAUGAAGAAUGUUUUGAGAUUGGACAUUCCCACUGUAUCAUCAUUGCGGUCUUACGUAUUGGCAGAAGAAACGGCUUGUUCAUAUGUCCUCUCAAGUUCUUACAUUGCUUGCAAUUUCUCUUUCCCAUUAUUAUUAUUAUUAUGAUUAUUUAGUAACUUCUUUUUAAAAAAAUUGCUUGAGAUUGGUGCUGGCUGGGGAUCUGCCCCCUUCUUUCUUUUCCUUCCUGGGAGUAGUAUACACACCUGUCACUUUGCUCCAGUACAGUUCCAGACAAGUGAAAUAAGCCUAUCUACCUAUUUCAGAAAUAACACUCCUUUAUAAUUAUGGAAAUAAUAAUCAUGAGGCCUGUCCAACAGCUGCCACACAUUUCUUUUCAAAAUCCAGAGGAUGAUUAUGUUACUGGAACCUUCCCAAAAUCAUCCAGUAAACUAUGAGGAUUGCAAAAGCCACAUGAAGACUUUAUGUAGAAUAAUAAAACAUCUACAAUCAAAUCUGGAAACUGUA